CCCCACCAGGGUCCCGUGUCAGGAGGGCUGGGGGGGUGCUGUGGGCAGGAAGCGGAAGCGUCAAGUAACCCUUGGCUGCAGUUGAGAGCGCGAGAGCUCACUUCUCACUCAGCUCAGCCAGAGCUGGAGGUGGGCGUCCCGCGCUGAGGCCGGCAGACAAAUGGACCUGUCCUGCGCCCUAGGGCUCGGGACACUGCUGGCCCUGCCAGGGGUCCUGGGCUCGGGUGGCGAUGCAGAGCGGAGCGCAGGCUCCAACUCUGUCACCGUCGUCCUGCUGCUGCUGCUGCUCCUGCUGCUGGCCACUGGCCUGGCGCUGGCCUGGCGCCGCCUCAGCCGCGACUCCGGAGGCUACUACCACCCGGUCCGCCUGGGCGCCGCGCUGUGGGGCCGCACCCAACGCCUGUUCUGGGCCAGCCCGCCAGGCCGCUGGCUCCGGGCCCGCAUUGAGCUGGGGUCGCCAGAUGAGGACCUGGAGCGGCAGGAGGACGAACAGGACGUGGAAGACGACUACUACGACAUGGAAGGUGGCCAGGAGGAGGUUGAAUCCCAGGAAGAGGGGCAGCCAGGUGGAGAGGAGCCCAGCCCACAGCAGGUCCCAGGGCCGGCGGAGGAAGCACGUGACGGUGACGCUGGUGAUGACAGUGACGCCGGUGAUGCCGAAGGGGGCCUGGGUCUCAGCUCCCAGGGGCCAGCAGGCUCAGGGGGCAGUGCCGAGGCCUUGCUGAGCGACCUGCACGCCUUUGCUGGCAGCGCGGCCUGGGAUGACAGCGCCAGGGCAGCUGGGGGCCAGGACCUCCAUGUCACUGCACUGUAGGGGCCAGCCCUGGGGUCGCAUCCCUGUCACUGUGCAUCUGCUUCCCAGGCUGCCGUGGCUGGACAAAGCCUGCCCUGGA